AAGAUAUUUCUCUUUCACGAGUGAACACUUCACUGUUAUUAACAAUAUAUACUGUUCUACAUUUUCACUCAAACUUAUAGAUAGAGUAGUACAUUUGAGAUUGAGACUUUUGGCGAUGAAGAUACUUACAAUCAUAUUUAUCUAUGUUAUCUUUCUCACUACAACUUUUGGGCUAACGAGACGAUUUAAAAACAAUGAUGAGGAACUUCUCGAUGAGAUAAUGGAAGAUAUUGAAGAUGACAAACGCUCUUUGCUUGACACUUAUGCUGAUUUCCCUGGUAUAAGGAUGAACGAGAAAACUUGGAAAAACAUAGUGGAGAAUUGCAAGAUUAUCCACCAGAAAUGCAUGUUAACAUUCACACAUAAUGAAAGUUGCUGCAAUGGAAAUUUCUGGCAGUGCAUCGAACUCAAACCAACAGUUGGAUGCAACUGAGGACGCAUCAAAGCAAAACAAAUAAUCUUUUUUUGCAUGAAAAACAACUGUGAAAUAA